AUGGCGGCGGCGGGCGGCGGCGGGCCGCUGGCGCUGCUGGUCCUGCUGCUGGCGGCGGCGGCGGUGGCGGCGCGGCUGUACCGGGCGGGGGAGGACCCGCUGACCGUGCUGGCGGCUGGCUCGGUGCGGCGGGCGCUGCUCAACUCCUCGGCCGCCUGGGUGGUGCAGUUCUACAGCUCGUCCUGCGGCCACUGCAUCGCCUUCGCCCCCACCUGGCGGGCCCUGGCGGGGGACGUCAAAGAAUGGGAAUCUGCAAUUAGAGUUGGCGUGCUGGAUUGUGGGGAAGAAGAGAACUAUGAGACGUGCAAAGAAUAUGGCAUUCACUAUUACCCAACUUUUAGGUACUUCAAAGCAUUUACAAAGCAGUUUACUACUGGAGAAAAUUACAAAGGAGCAGAUCGAGAGCUGCAAACAGUUCGUCAGAUGAUGAUUGACUUCUUACAAAACCAUUCCCAAGCAUUGAGACCGCCUGCAUGCCCACCAUUGGAUCCAGUUUCGUCCAGUGAUAUUACUUCUCUCUUUGACAAGAACAGCCAUCAUUAUACUGCCAUUGUGUUUGAAAGUAAUAACUCCUAUGUUGGACGAGAGGUUAUCUUAGACUUGAUCCAGUAUGAAAACAUCGUUGUAAAGAGAGCGUUGAAUUUUGAUAAGCCUUUUCUUGAGAAACUUGGUAUUACCUCAGUCCCUUCAUGCUAUCUGAUGCAUCCAAAUGGGUCCCAUGGAUUAAUUAACAUUUUGAAGCCUCUGCGGUCUUUCUUUUCUUCGUAUUUGAAGUCACUGCCAGGUGUAAGAAAAAAACUUCUUUCGCCACUUCAGCUGCCUGUUCAAGAAAACAAAGAGGAGAGUACAGAAAUCAAGGCGUGGAAAGAGUUUGAUAAAUCUAAGCUGUACAUGGCUGACCUUGAAUCGGGAUUGCAUUACCUGCUCAGGGUAGAGCUCGCUACGCACAAGACACUUCAGGGAGCUGAGCUAAAGACUUUCAAGGAUUUUGUUACUGUCUCUGCCAAGCUUUUUCCUGGCCGUCAGCCUGUGGUAAAGUUGUUAGAGACCUUGCAAGAGUGGCUGGUGAGCCUUCCAUUAGACAAAAUCCCUUAUGAUGCUAUCCUAGAUCUGGUCAACAACAAAAUGCGGAUUUCCGGGAUAUUUCUCCCUAAGAAAGUUCAGUGGGUCGGAUGUCAGGGCAGCAGACCGGAGCUGAGAGGUUACACUUGUUCGCUUUGGAAGCUGUUUCAUACUCUAACUGUUCAGGCUGCGCUGCGACCAAAAGCUUUGAUAAAUACAGGUCUUGAAGACAAUCCCCAAAUAGUACUUCAGAUCAUGCGGAGAUACAUUCAGCACUUUUUUGGAUGCAAGGCUUGUGCUCAGCAUUUUGAAGAAAUGGCUAAAGAGUCCAUGGAUUCCGUUAAAACCUUAGACAAGGCUGUUCUCUGGCUCUGGGAGAAACACAAUGUAGUGAAUAACAGACUCGCAGGUGAUUUGACUGAAGAUCCAAGAUUUCCCAAAGUUCAGUGGCCAACUCCAGACAUUUGUCCUGCAUGUCAUGAAGAAAUUAAAGGAUUACACAGCUGGAAUGAAGCCCAAGUUCUACAAUUCAUGAAGUAUCACUAUAAUAGUGAAAAUAUUCUGUAUAAGUACACUGAAAGCCAGACUGACUCCAGUGAAACUGAACAGGGAGAUACAAGGGAGGUGAAAGACAAAAACCUACUGAAGAAACCAAAUGGAAACGGAGAAAAUAAAAUCCAGGAUAAAGAAAAUGUACUAGAUUCCAAAUCUAAGGUGUCAGAUAAGCUAAUAGCAAAUCAUGGACCUGUCAAAGAUAGCGGUAAAAACGCAGCUGGAUCAGCUAACCUUAAAGAGACGAAGCAGGCCGUGUCUUUCUUGGGGAUUGGAUUUUCAAACAUAGACAUGAGUCUGUGUGUCAUACUGUAUGUAGCAUCAUCCUUAUUUUUAAUGAUAAUGUACUUUUUUUUCCGAAUGAGAUCUAAACGAUGGAAAGUGAAGUAUUAUCGUUCAUCUGUAUAGAAGUUUGAAUCGGAAACAAAGUUUUCAUUGUAUGUGGCUGUUCAGUACCAGAUACAGCUUUAAUAUUUAUGAUCAGGGAUUUUGUAUACAGUAUUCCUUGUUUAAAACCCUUUUCUUCCCAAGUCAUUUCACAAGCGUUCUAGCUUAAUAUAUGGAGCUUGCUGUAAGAGCCCUAAUCUUUAACUGAGGCACAUAGUGCUAUCAUAAAAUGUCUGCUGAAGUAAGCAUUGCAUUUUUCAGUUAAGAUUUUUCCGUGACUUACCACCUACAUCCUUUACUCAUUUUCAGAGUAAACAUUACAUUAUGCAAUCAGCUGUGCCUGGGUUUAGAAGGAAAUUGGAUAUUGUUUUGUGUACUUCAAGUCAGGUUUUUUUUAAUUUAUCCAGAGCUGAUUUUACCUACCAGAGUACUGAACAGUUAUGCUGUUACCUUGGCUGCUUCGUUUGGAGAAGCAAGAAUUCUGAUUUUUUUUUUUUUCCAGGAAACAAGAGUUCUAUUCUGAUUAAAUCAAUUCUAAACCUA